UGGGAUGAAAUAUUACUUUGGUUCAUCAUAGCUUUACCAAUAUGAUGUUUUGUUUCUUUUAAGAAGGGAAAAAGUUAAAAGGAAUGAGAGACAUGGAAACAUUUUGGAUGUUAAUUUGCUCCUCUCCCCUACUUGCUUGUAUUCUUUUUCCUUACCGUGCUCUUUAAUUUUUGAAUUUAUUUUUAAAACUAGAUUCCGAAUCUCUACUUACCACCUUUUCUCUUAUUCACGAAUUUCCAAUUCUUCUAUGCAUCGUCAAGUACAACGUGUCGGCGAUUUUUCUGUUGCGGCGUCAACGUUGUGACGCAACCAAAUUACUAUUAGGUUUUCGAAUCUUUCUUCUCUGUUUAAAUAAAUAUCCAUAAACUGAAUCCAUAACUUGAAUCAAUGGCUUCUGCAAUCACUCAUCGCGACGAAGAAACGCCAUUGCUUAUCCCCGAUGAGUCACCGCUUCAACUUGAACCACACAAAAGCCACAGCAGAGAUGUUCAUAUUUUGAGUUUAGCGUUUUUAUUGAUCUUUCUUGCUUAUGGAGCUGCUCAAAAUUUACAGAGCACUCUCAACACUGAGGAGGACUUGGGUACGACUUCGCUUGGGAUAUUAUAUUUGUCGCUUACAUUUUUUUCUCUGUUUGCUUCUUUGGUGGUGCGGAUUCUUGGUUCUAAGAAUGCUUUGAUUAUUGGAACUUCUGGUUAUUUGCUAUACGUGGCUGCAAAUUUGAAGCCCAAUUGGUAUACACUGGUUCCGGCUUCUGUGUAUCUUGGCUUUUGUGCUUCUAUAAUAUGGGUUGGACAGGGAACAUAUCUAACUUCCACUGCACGCAGUCAUGCUAUAGUUAACAAUUUACUCGAAGGUGCAGUAAUUGGAGACUUCAACGGGGAAUUCUGGGGCGUGUUUGCGCUUAAUCAGUUGAUUGGAAAUCUUAUUACAUUUGCUCUACUCAGUGAUGGGCAGGGGGGAAGUACCAAAGGCACAACUUUAUUGUUUGUUGUAUUCCUUUUCGUUAUGACCUUUGGUGCAAUACUAAUGUGCUUCCUGCAUAAAAAACGGAGUGGUAAUAGUAAGGAAGGAUACAAGCAUUCAGAAGUUGAUGCUGGUGAAUCAGAGUCCCUUAAGUCUCUAUGUAGUUCACUCACAAGUACUUUCUCUGAUGUGAAGAUGUUGUUGAUCAUACCCCUUAUAGCAUAUUCAGGUCUACAGCAUGCAUUUGCAUGGGCGGAAUUUACCAAGUAUGUUGUAACUCCAGCAAUUGGUGUUUCGGGUGUUGGUAUUGCAAUGGCAGCAUAUGGAGCUUUUGAUGGAAUAUGUUCUCUGGCCGCUGGUCGUCUCACCUCUGGUCUCACAUCCAUUACAUCAAUAGUUUCUUUUGGAGCUUUUGUUCAAGCGGUUGUACUAAUAUUACUUCUGCUAAAUUUCAGCAUAUCUAGCGGAUUUCUCAGUACUUUAUAUAUACUCUUUUUGGCUGCUUUAUUGGGCAUCAGCAAUGGAGUUCUAAUGACACAGCUCAAUGCUUUACUAGGCAUGCUAUUUAAGCAUGACAUGGAAGGGGCUUUUGCACAGUUAAAGAUAUGGCAAAGCGCUACAAUUGCUAUCGUUUUCUUUGUGGCCCCAUACAUUUCAUUCCAAGCAGUUAUCAUAGUCAUGUUGGUUAUACUGUGCUUGUCAUUCUGCAGUUUUCUAUGGUUGGCUCUCAAGGUGGGGAAUGCAUCAUCACCCCUCCACCGGUGACUGAAUAUAAUGUUUCUUACAAUCUGUCAUCUUUGUUUUAUGGUCGUAUUACCUCCCGUUGAUUCAACUGUAUAAAUUGUAACAGUUAUAAUUUAUUAGUUCAUGUGGAUAUUAGUUUUUUACUGAGGAAUAUUUGAGAUGAGUUAUUCUCAUUCCUCAACUUUUUUUAAAAAUAAAUUUCUUGUGUUUAGUGGAAAACAACUCUAUGCAUGUCGUGAGUAUGACUAAGUUCAAUGUUAUUUUUCAUCAUUAGGGGGAUUUUUUCAGAGACAAGACAAUUUUCUAUAGGGGUGAGGUUCAAACCAUUGUAUAAGAUCAAAAUAUCGAAAAAUGGGGUGUCUUAGAGGUGUUGAAAUCGGUUAUUGAUUGUGGUUAUGAAAUAAAGGAUUUUAGGAUUUGGAACAAACUUGAAGGUAUAAGUGAACACCUUUUUGAAAUUAA